AUGGAUACUUAUUUGACUCAGAUCAAGUCCAUUGCUGAUCAAUUGGUUUUAGCUGCAUCACCUAUUGAUGAUAAGGAUCUAGUUCUCCUAAUUCUUAAUGGAUUGCCUGAUGAAUAUAAUGCAUCCAAAACAGCAAUCAGAACUAGAGUUGAAACUAUUUCCAUUGGAGAGCUCUGUUCCCUAUUAAAUUCUGAAUCAAUUCAUGUUGAAUCUGUAUCUAAGCAAGCUCUUGCUUCAGAACUACCUUUUGCUUAUCAUGUUUCGAGCACUUCUUCUAGAGGUGGCUUUAGAGGUGGUUCUUACAGAGGCCGAGGAGGAGGAAGACCUGGUAGCAGGUUCUUUAAAGGAACUUCUAGUUCUAGCAAUGCUACUUUUCGAGGAAGAGGCAGAUCUUCUAUUUCAGGCCAAGGUCCCACAGGAUCUCAAUCCUAUCAAUCAAGUUCUACUGCACACUCUGCUGCUUCUCAUCCUCAUUCUUCUCAAGUGAUUUGUCAGAUCUGUGGAAAAUUGAAUCACUCAGCAUUAGAGUGUUGGUACAGAUUGGACACAUCUUCUUUCCACUCUUCAAGGCCUCAAACUCAUCAAGCCUAUAUUACCAAUACAAAUCAGUCUGCUACUGGUUCUCCUGGUGACAGUUCUUCCACCACUACCAAUUGGUUGUUGAUUCUGCAGCUACUAGUCAUAUCACAAAUGACUUGA